CGAUCUGGGGACGGUAUGAACUGCAAAAGUAUCGUACUCGUAUAAAUGCAUUACAAAUUUGUUCCUCAGCAUGAGAAAUAAAAUUUGCAAUGCAGAUUUGCCUUGGAAACAAGAUUUGUAAUGCAAGACUUGCAUUACUAGCAUUUGUACGACUACGAUACUUUUGCACAGGAUAAACGGAGGUGUACCACGACAAAGGCCGUUCGAGUCCGGCGGUGUGUUACCCGCCGGGAAAAACCGAGAUGAAAAUCCCCAACGACGACCCCAAUCCCAUCGAGACGGCUGCUGCGUGCUUCGCUCUCCGAGAGGCCAAUUUGGUGAAGCUGCGCAAACGUUUGGAGCGACGCCAGUGCCAUGAACUGCUGGCGAAGUGCCGCCGCAACGAAUCCAAAGACUACACGGCGUACAUGGUAUGCAUUGCAAAUAUGUAUGGGUCUGGAUGGGUGCGCACUUGUGAAGCGCCUAUCACAACUCAACACAAAUCUCUCAUGUAGAGGCAGCAAAAGUUGUCCAUUUCCUGUCAACAAAGUGGAGGAUUUGUCAUGCGGAUUAGGCAUUGCGGAUCUGCCUCGAAACCUGUGAUGCUGGAACGAUCCAUGACCUUCUAUGUCAUGCAAAAACAGCAUGAUCUUCCCGACCGAGACAUAUUGGCACUUGAUACAUGGAGUUUGUCUCCAACUGCCUGGCACUUUUUCAGCAGGAGGACGAAGAGGAGAGUCAAGCCAAGGAUGACAGCGAGAAAACGAAAAAAGCCAAGGAACGCAUCGCGGCCGACAAAGAAGCGGCCGAGGCAGAGGACAAGGCGGCAGAGGAGACGGC